UUCACGUAUUUGUAAUACUUAAAAUGCAUAGUAUAGUAUUGAUGGCAGAUUUGUCAUUAUAAAUAAAACAGGAAACAUUAUAAAGUGUAUCUUUACAAAAACAUACAUUAUUUAUCAUGUUUAAUUAAUUUUCGGAUAUUAAUUUAAGGUUUUUUAUUGCUUCUUUUUAAGUUAAACGAGAUAUUAAUCUGAGAUAAUGUUUGGACAAGGUGGUAGGGGUAAGAUUAGAACGAAAUUAGAAACACUUCUUCGCCAGGACCACAGUGACGUCUAUUUUGACAAUGAAAGGCUUAACGAUCAACUUAAUCUACGUAUUGAUGAUAUGCAAAAAGAGCUGCUGCGGAAUGAUUUACAACGCGGAGUUGAAAUAGGAAAACUGCGCCAGGAGAUACGUGAGUUUAAAGCGUUACAAACUUCAAACCAGGAAGAAAAGGAGACAGCACCAAGACCUCAUACUUCUGUUGGACAUUCGUCGAGAAAAAGAACAGCCAACGCGGGUACCAGACAGAGAGCUCAGUCCGCGUGGGCGCGCACCCAAACAAAAGAAACUGAGACCAACGCCGAACCGGAACUUCCGGUAACAGAGGAGGAAAGUAGUCCGACAGCGCGGAGUGAUUCUCCGUCUUCUUCGGUUUCUACAUUAAGGAACACUAAAACACUAAAAAAAUACAGAAAUAUAGGCGCAAGUAGCUUUAAAGAAAACAAUAGAUUCCCAGAAGAGUGGUACAUUAAAUGUUUACCAGCGUCAGACGCAGCUAUACAUAACGCGCGUAAAAAGGUCAACGGAAAGUUUGUUGCGCCUAAAUUUGGUUUGCUAGGUAAACUCCGAGAAAAAGAAGAGAUGGAGAAAAAGUUAGCCGCAUAUUCGAAAAUAAAACCGAAACUGGCAGAAAAUAAAAACGGUGAUAGCAGUGAUAAAAUUGAUGAGUCAGAAGGAAUGAACUUGGUUUGUGAGGAACAGGUUAAACCCGUUCUUAUGUCGCGUAGAAGACUGAUGGAAAUUUCAAACGCUGAAAAUCUUGUGGACAGGGGACCUAGUAGAAAUACCGUUCGAAAACAAAACUUAAAAGACAUAAAUGAACAAGAUAACAAAAGAAUAAAUGACAAAGUGAAAGAUUUUUGCAAAGAUUUUGAAGAACGAAAAGCCAGUGAGCUGAAAGCAAUGAAAGAACGCGAAGAAGCGAGGCGACAAGACGCAUUAGAGAAAAUACAAUUGAAAGCCAUGGAAGAAGCGCAAUUAAAGAAACAGGAGGAGGAAAGAAAGAAAAAUGAAGAUGAUGACGAUGAUGAUAGAUUUAAAAAUAGAUGGAAAUAAAGUUUUUAUUAGAUAAAGUUUUAAAUUGCAUGUUGUUGGCGUGAAUAUGACUUAUUGCUUGAAUGGAUUAUAUAAAGAGUAGCAUGUGUUCUAACCAAGAUGUAAAAACACAAAUAAGAAAAAAAAACAAGACAGCAGCUGGUGCUUUAGAUUUCUGUAAAUACAUUGGAAUCGUUCAGUUGUUGCACAAGAAAUGGUUUAGUACAUGAAAAACAGAUACAUGUACGGGAAUGUUGAAGUCUUUUAAAAUAAUAUUUACAACCAAAUUUUAAGCGUUUCCGUAUGAAUUCGACAUAAGAAUAUCUUAUGAUCUUUUGGAAAUGAGUUAGCCAAUCGCUGUCACUGAGAGCUUUGUUUUUCAAAUUUGAAUUUUGUCAGGUUUCGCUGAAAAAAAAAUUAAAAAGUUAUUAUUUAAUUUUUCUUUCUUUCUUAAUUUUUGCAUAAAUUUGCGGUAUUAGGGAUAAUACUUAACUCAGGGUAAUAGCUUUUCAUGUUGAGCGAUGUAUAUACAUAUAUGUAUGCAACACAAAUGCCUUAUCAUAAAAGAGGUACACUGUAUUUUCAAAUCAUAAUCACAGGAGCUAGAUUUACAAUAAAGUUUUGAAACAAUCUGGUUUAAAAUCAGGUCCUAGAUACGCUUUAUGUAAAACGUAAAGCCUGAACUUUAGUUAGAUUGAUUUUGUUUCAAAUGAAAAACAAACAAAAAUGUUUGAAAUUCUGGUAAAACUGAAUCCUUCAUUUAAACAGCAUAUUUCACAUCAUAAAAGUGUACAAAAAGAAGAAUUUUCCAAGUUUUCUUUUGACAUAGAAUAUUGUGAUUGUUUUUAUAGAUAAUAAAAUAGUCUACAAAACA